AUGACCGUUCCUCCGCACUUCCACAUGCCGGGCGCUUUUCACGGCGAGGGCGUCCAUCCUGGGCUAUUUCGCCCGCCCAUGUCGCCCAGCUCGAGCACCAGCUUCGGAUACGCUGCCCCUCGCAUCAGCGCCGCUCAUGACGUGCACGCAUCUAAGCGCAAGCGGAAUCGCCAUGACAUGUCACGGUCGCAAGAUAUCCGCAUGGAAGGCGACCUUGACCAUAAUGGCUUCUUCAGUACACCUGUCGCGCAGACUCGAAGUGGCGAUAGGCGCUAUCAGCUCGCCGGCCAGCUCGACACCCCGAGCAGCGGUCCCUUCGAAAGCGGCAUCCUCGGCGAAAGCAUGUACUCGGACUCGGAUUAUAGAAGAGCUCUCGGAUCGAAGAGAGCUCAUGACGACAUAGACCAGAAUAUUGGCGGCCCCACGCCGCUCUUCAACCUCCCUCCGCAGCCGAUGCCAUCGCAGAGCUGGGGAAGCUUCGCAUUCUCUACCCUCGGCGGCGUUGUCGGGCGUGUGUGGGAGUUUUGCAAGGCUGGCGCGUUCCGAGGCUUCCAGGCCGGCGGCGGUAAGGCCUUUUCGGUGUCGACCGGUAGGGUACAGGAACUGCCAGAACUACCCUCGAUCGACGAGAAGGCAGAUGAGAACCAGCACUUACCAGGCCAAUUUCCUCCCCAGGGAGACUACUUCAACCACCAACCUGAGUACUCCGAGGAUCCCAUCAACAGCGGAGCAUCCACGCCAACCGGACCGGCCGCGAAACGGAGGCAUACUGAUCACCGGGAUGAGCUUGGUAGGAAUUGGGUUCUGGUGAGUGACGAUAAGCCAGCUCAGCCGAAACCUACCCCUCCAGCGCGACGUGCUUCCCAUCGCCCGACUCCUCGAUCGCGAAACACGGGCCCAUCGAUGGCAACCGGUCGACGCAUCAGCACGCCCGCCUCUCGAUUCUCGUCAGCAUCGACUCCGACCCAGCGACGACCGGCCAGUCGCCCUACCAGCCGCCUCUCUCACAUCCCUUCACCUUCGUUGCCAUCUCCGAUUCCAGCAUCAACCGCCUCCUUCGCUGGUACUCGAUCUCCUUCCCCGAGCAAGAUUCCCCAACCUACCCGACGUCGAAACACGAUGGCACCAUCCCCGAGUCCAAGCAACAUGUCCCACCGCCGCUCCCACAGCAACGCCUCGACAGCUUCGGCACGUGCUUCAGUUGAAGCCAGCCCUCGCCUUGAUGCUGAAGCCAAGCAUCUCGCUGCCCGUCGUAAGAUGGAGGAGCGGGACACAGAUGUGCGCAUCAACGCCUUCAACAAGCAGCUACAAGACAUGAUUCGACAGGGUCGAGAGGCCCUGGGCACGACGAUUGAAGUGGAAGGCAAUUGGGAGGAUGAACUAUAA